AUGUCUAAUGCUCAGCAUUCUCUCGCUUCUCUUAACCAUAUUCUUCCAAAGCCAUUAACAUUUAUCACCUUGGCGGCGACACUAUCGUUAGUAACAAAUAUUGUGAAUAGAAAACAGUCUUCGAAACUGACUUCUCAGGUAGAGUCAGCACUCCAGUCUCUCCAAAUUGUUCAAACUCUCCGCUCAGAUCCAUCCUAUGUGGAACUUAACCGGGGAUAUUCUAUGUUUAGUGAUGAGGCAAAGAAAAGUCAUCUUACCGCCGGAUCGUUAUCAGGGAAUGGUAAAGUGGCGAUCGAACCUCUGGUAUUUAGAAGGAAAGAGGGAUUUGGUAAUGAAGCGGGUGAAGAAGUUGUUGCAAUUUAUCACUUGGGAAAAAACUUGUGCGGGCAUCAAGGCAUUAUACAUGGUGGCAUGCUAGCAACAGUAAUGGAUGAAUGUCUCGCUUUUACAACAAUUCCCAAUCUUCCAGAUAAAAAUGCUGCUACAGCUUACUUACACAUUAACUACCGUCAACCGUGUGUAUCUGAUCAGUUUGUUGUGGUCAAAUGUACGGUUACUAAGGUUGAGGGACGAAAAGGAUUUGUUGAGGGCAAGAUGGAAACCGUCGAUGGCAAAACUAUAGUAGACGCGAAUGCAUUGUUUAUUAGUAUAAAAAUAUUAAAGAAUGAUAAAUAG